UUGCAACUACAGAUAAUUGUAACUGUUUUUGAUGAUAUAUUUGAGUUGAAUGUGUAUAUUUGGAAACCAGUCACCAUCUAUAAAGGUCCCACACGCUUUUCUUUAUGUUGGGUGGCAGCCCGGUUUGCUGGUGCCUGCAAAAAUCAUAUAAUCAUAUAAAGAUAAUAGCUUCAACGUUUUUUUGUACAAAUGAUUUAGAUGGCCUGAUCCAAACACGGGCUUCGACCAAUCAGAACACACGUUAUAUACCUGUAUAGUUUCUCCUACCAUUCAUGGCUGAACAUAGCAGUACUCUUAAAAGACGAAAGCUUGAUAUAGAUCGCGUUCACAUCAAUCUAUCGCAGAGAGAACUGCAACGCUACAUUCUUGAGAUAGCUAAAGAACCCGUUGUGUUUUUGGACAAGAUAUCAGAUUGGAAAAGUCUUUCAUGGACGCCUGAAACCCUGGCAAAACAGCUCUCAAAUGCGCGCACUCGAUUCCGAUUUUGCCCGCGUAUAUCAUCGAGCCAGUACCGCUUUCCUGCUAAGCAUGCUGUUAUGGAGACCGAUUGCCAGUUUGUGGAAGGAACAUUUAAAGAUUUUUACAAGUGGUUGACAUGCACCGAGGAGAACUCGCAAGAUUUGGUGUUUAAAAAGUUUCCAAGGAAAGACUACUCAUGCUAUGCUGAUUACAAAUAUAUGAAAGACUUAUUUGCUGAAUGCCCCAAUAAACUACAUGACAUAAACUGGUCCAGUCUUGGUUUUCCAUCAAGAACUGGUGAGCAGUCCACAUUUUGGAUGGGUAGUGUUGAAUCAUUCACACCAUGCCAUUAUGACAGUUAUGGUUGCAACCUGGUUGCUCAGUUAUAUGGCAGAAAGAAAUGGUUAUUGUUUUCACCAACACAAAGUGAUUGUCUCUAUCCCACACGUGUACCUUAUGAAGAAUCCAGUGUUUUCAGUCCGGUCAAUUUUAGAGAUCCUGAUCAUGACAAAUUUCCAAAGUUUGAAAAUGCAACCUGUUAUGAGGUUAUUCUUGAACCUGGUGAUGUUCUAUUUGUACCUAAACAUUGGUGGCAUUAUGUUGAAUGUUUGGAAACAGCAAUUAGUGUUAACACUUGGAUUGAAAUGCACACAGAUAACUAUGAUAGAAUUGAAGAGGCAAUCACAAGGUCUUUGAUAUAUCCCUUGAAGUCACAAGAAGCAAAAGUAGAUGCUCUGCACUCGGAAUUAUGGUUGAAUCCAUCUAUGAAAGAGGAGGAUUUAUCAUUCCCUGCAAGCAUGCAGUACCUACGUCAAGCUCUGAAACAAUACCAUCUGGAACAAAUGAAAGUCAAUCAGGUGGCUGAACCUACGGAAAGUGACAAACUGAGUGAGGAUGAUUUUAUAAAAACUGUCGUGUCACCUGACGUUGUUCGGAUAAUUGCAAAAAAACUUGUCGAACUCACAAAAGCUACACCGUGACGUUUGUAGCUAAAACAUUUACAAUGUCACGGGAUUCAAUGUCACGGGAUUUGAUGAAGGAUGAAUAUUCCAAGUAGAGAUUGAAAACUCACUAAUGUUUUCGUGUACACAAGCAAUUAAAAUACAUAAUUUGU